GAGAGAGAGAGGAAGCAUGGCGAGGAGCGCUAUAAAAUGAAUAAAGCCGAGAUUUAAUGCCGUCCAGUUCGAUCCCCUUCCUCGCCGAACGUUUCCGUCUCCGCUCCGUUACAACUGGUCUGGCCCUCCGCUUCGUCGCCAUCUCGAAUCCGGGCAGAGAGCGAGGGGGGAAGAAGGGACGCCAUCUCUCGAGCUGCUUUGACUGCGCCGACGAAGUCUUUGUGCGCGUCUCGGCCGCCUUCUUCGAGCCCUCCGUAAGAUCGAGGCUUUCUCUCCGCGUUGCCGCACUUGUAGACUUAACAGUCACUUAAGCAUCAUCAAGUCUCCUGAAUUAGGCCUCAUCUGGUUCUUUGUUGUUUCAAUUCUUGGAAUUCCUCCUGUAUAUGAACUUUGGCAGUUUUUGAGGUGGUACUUGUAAUUGAGAGGCUCUUCUGCUGUGGUCAUCGAGAUUCAUAGAGCUUUGCAAAAAUGUUGUCAAAAUCAUGUGCCAACCUUUUUGAAUUAGGGUCUGAUAAUGCAAUGGAGUUUGAUACUAUUAAAUCACUUUCUAGAGUGAUGACGACAGUAGGAAUCAUAAAUAAUAUUGAUGGAGCAAGUACUAAUGAAGAUUCAUGUUCCCCUAUAUUAUCAAUCCAGAGCCGCAGAAUCAUUGUAGCCAACUUCCUUCCACUGAACUCUGUGAAAGAUCAAAAAACUGGACGAUGGUGUUUUGCAUGGGAUGAUGACUCACUUCUAUUUCAACUUAAAGAUGGUUUUUCUUCUGAUACUGAAGUAAUUUAUGUAGGAAAUCUUAAGGCUGAUGUAGACAUUAGUGAGCAAGAAGAAGUUGCACAGAAGCUUUUGGCAGAAUUUAGGUGCAUGCCAACAUUCCUCCCCCCUGACCUCUUUAAGAGGUACUACCACGGGUUCUGCAAGCAGCAACUUUGGCCUCUUUUCCAUUACAUGCUUCCUAUCUGCCUUCAUAAGGGUGACCUCUUUGAUCGUUCUCUUUUUCAAGCUUACAUUUCAGUAAACAAAAAAUUUGCAGAUAAGGUUUUGGAGGUAAUGAACUCGGACAAUGACAGUGUGUGGAUCCAUGAUUAUCACCUUAUGCUUCUUCCUACAUUCUUAAGGAAACGACUAAACCGGGCAAAGAUUGGUUUCUUCCUUCAUAGCCCAUUUCCCUCAUCUGAAUUAUACCGAACAUUACCGGUCAGAGAGGAAAUACUCAAGGCACUGCUUAAUGCUGAUUUAAUUGGCUUCCAGACAUAUGAUUAUGCAAGACACUUCUUAUCUUGCUGUAGCAGGAUGUUGGGACUGAACUAUGAGUCAAAACGUGGCUAUAUUGGACUUGAAUACUAUGGUCGUACUGUGAACAUCAAGAUUCUCUCAGUGGGUGUUCACAUUGGCCGACUUCAUUCUUUACUGAAUCAACCUGAAACAAUUUCAAAAGUUCAAGAGAUUGAGGAAAAGUUCAAGGGGAAGAAAUUGUUGCUCGGUGUGGAUGACAUGGAUAUAUUUAAAGGCAUUAGCCUAAAGUUGCUAGCAUUGGAACUUCUGCUGGAGAGGAGUCCUAGUCUUAGAGGAAAUGUUGUCCUUGUGCAGAUUGUAAAUCCUGCUAGAAGCACAGGAAAAGAUGUAAAAGAAGCAAAUGAGGAAGCAAAAUCUAUCGCUAAAAGGAUAAACAAUUCAUAUGGCACUUCAGACUACGAGCCAGUGGUACUUAUUGACCAGCCUAUACCUCUCCAUGAAAAAAUCGCUUUUUAUGUGGCAGCUGAAUGCUGCAUUGUAAAUGCAGUGAGGGAUGGAAUGAACUUAGUUUCUUACGAGUAUGUAGUUUGUAGGCAGGGAACAGAGAUAAUGGAUAUGAGUAGACAUAUCAGUAUUGGCAGUUCCCAUGCGAGCACACUCAUUGUAUCCGAGUUCGUUGGUUGCUCUCCAUCACUUAGUGGAGCUUUUAGAGUGAACCCUUGGAGUACAGAGGAUGUUUGUGAUGCUUUGUAUCAAUCCUUGAAAUUGGAAGAUUCAGAAAAACAGUUGCGCCAUGAAAAGCAUUAUCGUUAUGUCAGCUCACAUCAUGUUUCUUACUGGGCUAGCAGUUUUUCUCAGGAUCUGGAGAGAGCAUGCAAGGACCACUACAGUCGAAGAUGUUGGGCUCUUGGCUUUGGUUUAAAUUUCCGGGUUCUUUUCCUUUCGCCUAAUUUUAGGAAAUUGACAUUAAGCCAUAUUUUAUCAGCCUAUAAAAACACUUGCAGACGGGCUAUAUUUUUGGAUUAUGAUGGUACCAUUAUGUCUGAAACAUCUGUUAACAAAACUCCAAGUGCAGAAACCUUAUCUAUCCUGAACAGCUUAUGCAGUGAUCCAAAUAAUACUGUAUUUCUCGUUAGCGGGAGAGGCAGGGAGUCUCUUGGUGAUUGGUUUUCUUCGUGUGAAAACCUGGGAAUUGCUGCUGAACAUGGCUAUUUCAUCAGGUGGAGAAAGGAUGCCGAGUGGGAAUCAAGCUCCGUUCCUGUUGUCUUGGAUUGGUUUAAGAUAGCUGAACCUGUAAUACAGCUGUACACCGAGACUACAGAUGGCUCAAAUGUAGAACUCAAGGAGAGUGCAAUUGUGUGGCAUCAUCAAUAUGCAGAUCCUGACUUUGGUUCAUGUCAAGCCAAAGAACUGCUAGAUCAUCUCGAAAGUGUUCUUGCAAACGAACCAGUAGUUGUCAAGCGGGGUCAGCAUAUCGUGGAAGUAAAACCACAGGGAGUGAGUAAAGGGGUGGUCGUCGAGAAGCUUAUUGGGACCUUGACCAAGAGUGGGAAGCCCCCAGAUUUCGUGCUGUGCAUUGGGGACGACCGAUCCGAUGAAGAUAUGUUUGAAAGUAUCAACAGCACAGCUUCAAGCAAUCAGUUUCCCUCUGUUCCUGAAGUUUUUGCAUGCACCGUUGGGCAAAAACCAAGCAAAGCCAAAUAUUAUGUCGAAGAUUGCAGCGAAGUGAUAAGGUUGUUGCACGGCAUCUCUUCUUUCUCAACUCAAAAUCACAGAGACAAGCAGCACAGUCAGGUUUCUUUCGAAAAGCUUUGUUGAGUUUGGUCAUCGGACACAUAAUUUAUUCAAUUCAUCUUCGACUAAUGGAAUCUGUGUAUCCUGAUGGUCUUCCCAUGACAGCUUUAGUCCGUGUUAGUUAACAUCAAACGAUACAACUUUCUUCCUUGCCAAUCCCCAUCACUCACACUCAGAAGGUUUCACAACCUUCAUGAAGUAAAGACAAUUUUGUCGCAAGUUCUCGUAAUAUAUCGAUGAUGUCCCUGAUGCAUUCAUUUGUGUAUUUGGAUUUGUUAUAUGUGUUCACUCAUCCUAUUUUACAUUAUUUUCAAUAGGUGAAAUAUUAUCAUUAAUUCCUCUA